GUCCUGCCCUCUCCGGUUCGUCUCUGUGAGAGGUGAAGGUUCCGUCGCAGUGAGAUCCUCCAGUCUGUUUGCUGUCAAUAUGGCGCGUGUUGAGACAUCAUCCAACAGGCCCUAUCACCUGGUUAUCUUCGGAGCCUCUGGGUUCACGGGGCAGUUUGUGGUGGAGGAGGUGGCGCGGACUGUGUCCGAGGGUCCGAAAGGGAACCUGAAGUGGGCCGUGGCGGGCAGGAGCAGGCAGAAGCUGGAAAAAGUUCUGGAGCAGGCCGCCGGAGUCCUCAGUAAGCCCGAGCUCAGGUCGGAGGUGGACAUCAUCGUGGCAGAUGUAGAGGAACCAGACUCCCUGGCAGCCAUGUGCAAACAGGCUGUAAUUAUUGUCAACUGUGUUGGCCCUUACCGGUUCUUUGGCGAGCCAGUGGUCAAAGCCUGUGUGGAGAAUGGAGCUCACCACAUUGACAUCAGCGGAGAGCCUCAGUUCCUGGAAGGCAUGCAGUUGAAGUACAGCAGCCAGGCAGCGGAUAAAGGUGUGUACAUCAUCGGCAGCUGUGGAUUUGACUCCAUACCCGCGGACAUGGGAGUCCUCUACACCAAGGACCGGUUCAAGGGAACGCUGACUGCAGUGGAGAGCUUCCUGACUGUCGGCUCAGGUGACGAUGGUGUAUGUAUCCACGAUGGCACGUGGCAGUCGGCUAUCUACGGUUUUUCCGACGGCCAGAAGCUCCAGAGUCUCAGGAGGAAGUUUAAUCACAAGCCUCUCCCUACUGUCGGCUCUAAGCUUAAACGCAGGGGAUCCUUGUUCUUCAGUAACGAGAUCCAGCAGUACACGGUGCCGUUCAUGGGCUCCGAUCCGUCCGUUGUCAAGAGAACUCAGCGCUUUCUGGUGGAGGAGCAUCAGGCCAAUCCUGUUCAGUAUGGAGCGUAUGCGGGAAUAGGAGGGGUGGGCAACAUCGUCAAGCUGAUGUUUGCUGGCAUGAUGUUCUGGGUCUUCGUCAAGUUCAGUUUUGGACGCAAUCUACUAAUCCAGCACCCUGAGUUCUUCUCCUUUGGACUCUUCUCCAAGGCCGGACCCACUAGAAAGCAGAUGGACGAGUCAUCCUUCCAGUUUGCUUUCUAUGGAGAGGGCUACACAGAAGGUCAGGACCCCUCCCAGGGAAAACCCAACGGGAAGAUCUGCACACUGGUUCAGGGACCAGAGUGUGGAUAUGUGGCCACGCCCAUCGCCAUCGUACAGGCUGCUCUCACGAUGCUCAACGAACCCACCGCCUUACCCAAGACGGGAGGAGUUUAUACUCCCGGAGCGGCUUUUGCAAGAACCACCUUGACGGAGCGCCUCAACAAACACGGCAUCAAGUUUUCUGUGGUCUAAAGUUUGUCCCUCCUCUGAUGCCGUACUCCAGGUUUUCUCAGCGCUUGCUAAUGUGCAUCAUAACUGGAAAGUGGAACAUUUGAAGAGGGGUUAUUUCAUCACGAGCACUCUAAAAAUGAAGUUCCAACACUAUUUUUCGCGGUACUUUCUGCAUUUAUGUUUUCCAGUUGGUCUCCUUUGGGCUUUAUUGUACCAAUAACUUCUUGCUAGUGAGACGGCAGCAUCUUCUAGCCAAGGACGGUAAAAGAAGAGCUUUGUGUGAACGGGUUUAACUUUAACGCGGUCGUCCACAAACUAAUGACAGGAGCAUUUAUUUUGUCCAGGUUCACUUUAUGUAGUUGAUAAUAUUUAUACUUGAUUGAACAUGAAUAAAAUUCUUACCACUGUACACCACCAGGAGGUAAGAGAAAAGGUGUCGGUGGCCCUUUCAUUAUGCCAAAGAUUGGUUUAUAACAUUGUGUGCAGACAAAGUAAAUAAAGAUCUAACCGUGUGUUCAUAAGAUUAUACUAUAUCCACAUCAUCUGGAUAGAAAGAGACUCCUCAGUUGCACCACCUACAUGUAGUAAAAGGGCAUUAGCCUGUUAUUGACUAGCAACAUAAGAUAGCUUCAGUCUAAAAUGUCAUUAUCCUGGACAAUAUUUUCCACGGCAGGAGUGAACAUUCGUAAAAAUAGAUUGAAUCAGUUCUCGGGAUUUAAAUUGUAAUUAGUGUCGGCUGUAAAAUGUAACUUCUAGAAUCUUUAAGUGUUCUUUCGACAUGCAGUAGCUUCGUGUGCACUAACGUGUUUGCAUGGUUUAGCUCAAGCUCGUCUUUCCUGGCCUGUCGGCUACAAACCGUGAAAGCUUUGUUGAUGGUUAUGAGUUUCCCAAUCAUUCUGCUUUCUUUGCGCCUGGUCAGAAAAUGCAUCCGGUCAGUUGCUCGUGCACAGAACUCCGAGGCUGACGGAUCACAUCUGUCUUGUCCAGUUUGAAGACGCGUGUGGCUCCUGCUGACUGCGAUCGUCUGAUGGCGGUGCUUGUGUGAGCGUUAUGUGCAUCUGACAAAUGUUCAGGUUUUUGUGUGCUUUGCUUUGGACUCGUAAAUAAACUCCUCUAAGAUAAAGAA